AGGAGGAGACGCUGGAAAGGGGGAGGGAAUAGAAGCCUAUGUGUAAAGAUGUGUAUGUGUGCAUUUGCUUGUGUAUAUGUGUGUGUGUCUGUGGCAUGGCUGUGGCUCAGACUGUUGAAUGAGAGUCGGCCUUGUGUAGCAGUUUUCAGGUUGCGUUUUCUCCCCAAGAGCCACAUGUCAGUAGUGUGUGUUUGUGUGUGUAUCUGCACACGUCUGAAGGAGAUAGCUGACCUCCAGCCACCACAGCUCACAGACCGACUUGUGGAGAAACUACACACCUUUGGUAUUUCUCAGUCUUAGCACAAGCCACCUUUGUCAGACCAACGUCUGAGUUUUCUCCUGUGCAAUGAAUGAUAUGUCACUGUGGAGAGUUUUUUGCCUUUUUUCUUCAAGCUUUCUUCUGGUGGUCCUCCUGAUACCUCUGCAGGGACAUGCCCACCCACAAUGUCUGGACUACAAACCUCCUUUCCAGCCUCAGGAGCCCCUGGUCUUCUGCAAGGAGUAUGCCAAAUUUGGAUGCUGUGACUUAGUCAAGGAUAACCAAAUAUCCCGGCGCUUCUAUCAGAUCAUGGACUACUUUGAUCACACUGGAUUCAUGGCCUGUGGGAAAUACAUCCGUAGCAUUUUGUGCCAGGAAUGCUCGCCAUAUGCAGCUCACCUUUACGAUGCCGAAGAUGCCAACACCCCAAUGCGAGAGCUUCCUGGUCUUUGCGGCAACUACUGUAGUGAUUACUGGCUCCAUUGUCGUUACACUCUCAGCCUUCUGAUCAAUCAUAACGAAUCUUAUGCUAUCGAGGAAGACCGAACGAAGUUCUGCAAAUACCUGGAGUUGAAGGAUCCCGAGUACUGUUACCCGAACGUCCUCCUGAGCGAUGAGCUCAACGCAAACCUGGGUAAUGUUCAAGCAGAUCCGGAGGGCUGCAUACAAUUGUGCCUGGAAGAAGUCGCGAACGGUCUUCGAAAUCCCGUCGCCAUGGUGCAUGCGAACGAUGGCACCCAUCGCUUCUUCGUGGCGGAGCAACUGGGUUAUGUGUGGACCUACCUGCCGAAUGGCUCUAGAAUCGACAGGCCCUUUUUGAACCUGACCAAGGCGGUACUAACAUCACCUUGGGCGGGGGAUGAGCGAGGGUUCCUAUGUAUUGCCUUACAUCCUCGAUUCACAAAAGUGAAAAAGGCUUAUGUCUACUACUCUGUGUCUGUGAAGAAGCAGGAGAGGAUUAGGAUUAGUGAGUUCACACUGUCUGAAUCAGAUGUCAACAUGCUGGAUCAUUCCUCUGAAAGGAUACUUUUAGAGGUUGACGAGCCUGCAUCAAAUCACAAUGGAGGUCAACUACUAUUUGGGUUGGAUGGGUAUCUGUACAUCUUCAUUGGAGAUGGUGGCAGGGCGGGAGACCCUUUUGGAAAGUUUGGAAAUUCCCAAAACAAGUCCACUCUUCUUGGCAAGGCUUUAAGGAUUGACGUGGAUAACAAUGACUUUGGCGCCCCCUACAGUAUUCCCGCGGACAAUCCUUUUGUGGGAGAUGAGGACGCAAAGGCAGAAGUCUAUGCAUAUGGUGUGAGAAACAUGUGGAGGUGUUCAAUUGACAGGGGUGACCCAAUAACCGGUCAGGGUCGGGGCAGAAUGUUCUGUGGAGAUGUUGGGCAAAAUAAAUAUGAAGAAGUUGACCUCAUCGAAAAAGGAGGGAACUAUGGAUGGAGGGCAAAAGAGGGCUUUUCCUGUUAUGACAGGAAGCUGUGCUUUAACUCUUCACUAAAUGACAUCCUUCCAAUAUUUGCUUAUCCACAUAAAAUUGGCAAAUCCGUAACUGGCGGCUACAUCUACAGAGGCUGCCAAAUGCCAAAUCUUAAUGGUCUGUACAUCUUUGGGGAUUUCAUGAGUGGUCGGCUGAUGUCCCUGAGGGAGAAUCCUGACACUGGCAAAUGGAGCUAUAAGGAGAUUUGUAUGGGCAAUGACAAAACUUGCAAUUUUCCUAAACUCAUCAACAGCUACUAUAAAUAUAUCAUAUCUUUCGGUGAAGACGAGGCAGGAGAGCUCUACUUCCUUGCAACAGGAGUGGCCAGUGCCACUUCCAGAGCAGGGGUGGUCUACAAGAUAGUGGAUCCAUCAAGGAGGGCCCCUCCAGGCAAGUGUACUUACAAGCCGACUCCAGUCAACAUUAAGGGCAAACUGAUUCAUUUUAGCCCUAAGGAAGAAUUUGUGAUUAACAAAAAACCAUCAACGACUGCUGUUCCCAAGCUAAAACCAACCAAACCAAGUACAACCCCAACACCACAACCACGAGUGCCACAAAUGACAACUCGGCGGACGCCUUCAACCACAACGAUCCGACCAUCGACACCUCAGUCACGUUAUCCCCACAGUACUUCGAGGCCCAGGCCUCAGUUUUUGACCACCCCCAGGCCCACCUACCUGACCCCUGCACCCAAGCCCACAACAAAGACCCAAAGAGACAAGCAUGGUAAAAAAGAUCGAGGCAAGUCCAGAAGAAAGGGAGACCGAAGGGGGAGGUCUGUAAGGCUGGUCAGUGCGGAUGGCCGAAAAGACCGUGGCAGAGUGGAGAUCUUCUUCCGUGGUGAAUGGUGCACAGUUUGUGAUGAUAUGUUUAACAUGAAUGCUGCGGUUGUAGUCUGCAGGCAGCUGGGAUUUCCUUUGGCCGUGCGAGUGGCUAAAAGAGCAGAGCUGGGCGCUGCAGGCAUUGGGGUUACAAUUUUGCUGGAUGAUGUGGAGUGCGAAGGGACGGAAAAGACUCUGCUGCACUGCAAACAUGCCAAAAUUGGCAAAAAUAACUGUUCUCAUGAUGAGGAUGUUGGGGUUAUUUGUGGCUAUGAAGAACAGGUGGAGUGAAAGAGAGUAAUCUAAUGUCAUACACGUCUAUGAACACAGACUAUUUCAUCUCACAACUGUUGUUUACAGAAAAUACUGUCAAUUGAUGAAAAAAUUUACCAUGUCUAAUGCUAACACAUAGAACACAUGUACAGUAUAUUAUACACUUU